AUGGCCGCGUGCACGUCUCAGCAGGCGCUCAUCUCCGUCAAACCUCGGUGCGCUUCCGCCAGCUUCGGCCCCGACAGGAGGGCCGGCAGUGUGCGCUUUGUUUCAGCAACGAGCUGCUGCCCCGGCAGCCGGAAACUGGGCUUGGUCUGCGCGUCGAAUUCGCAAUCUUCGGUGAUUGAGCCGGCUAAGCUACCGUCCAGCCCCGAAAGCGGCAGCAAUCCCAAAAAAUCAAGUGAGGCUGCACUGAUAUUGAUUCGGCACGGGGAAUCAUUGUGGAACGAGAAAAAUCUGUUUACUGGCUGCGUCGAUGUGCCCCUGACCCCCAAGGGUGUCAAUGAGGCGAUCGAGGCGGGUAAAAGGAUAUGCAAUAUCCCAGUUGAUGUUAUAUACACCUCAUCACUAAUCCGUGCUCAGAUGACCGCCAUGCUUGCCAUGAUGCAGCAUCGUCGUAAGAAGGUUCCAAUUAUUGUGCACAAGGAGAGCGAACGGGCACACCAGUGGAGUCAGGUAUACAGCGAGGAGACAAAGAAGCAGUCCAUUCCUGUAAUAACAGCUUGGCAGUUGAAUGAACGAAUGUAUGGUGAACUGCAAGGUCUUAACAAGCAAGAAACGGCUGAUCUGUUUGGCAAAGAGCAAGUUCAUGAAUGGCGUCGUAGUUAUGACAUUCCUCCCCCAAAUGGAGAGAGCCUAGAGAUGUGUGCAGAGAGAGCAGUUUCUUAUUUCAAAGAGCAAAUUAUACCUCAGCUUGUGUCUGGAAAGCAUGUUAUGAUUGCUGCCCAUGGGAAUUCACUCCGUUCAAUUAUAAUGCAUCUGGACAAGUUGACUUCUCAAGAGGUAAUAAGCCUUGAGUUGUCGACCGGCAUUCCUAUGCUGUAUAUAUUUAAGGAAGGGAAAUUUAUCAGGCGGGGUAGUCCCGCAGGACCUUCUGAGGCAGGCGUCUAUGCUUAUACAAAGAGUUUGGCCAAGUAUAGACAGAAGCUUGACGGCAUGGAUCAGUAA